GGUGCACUGUUUGUGAAACGCCUUUCGGCCUUAAAUUUACUUUGGCUCAACACAUGCGAGUGCAUGCUAAGGAUAAAAAAAUUAUAACGAACAGUCAGUCAGUCAACUGAUGUUUGCAAAACAUUGACAUCUUGAACAGGUAGAUGUGUCGUCGUGAACCAUGAACCGAUAAAAAUAGAUUGGGAAGGAAAGAAGAACAUUGAAAUAAGGCUAAUGCCUGUUAGAAAGUUACCGUUUCCACAUACGGAUUUGCAAAAGCAUCGCUAUAAUAUUAGAGAAAUAUUGCACAGCUCUAAUGCGACGCCCAUACGCGGCCACAAAGACCGCGGCUACACUUGUAACUUUUGCGAAAAUGAAUUCGAGAAUCCCGCCGAUUUAAAACAGCACAAUUUAGAUUGGCACACUUAUAACUUAAGCACCGACGACAUUGAAGUUUUGGUCCCAUCCAAUCUACCCCAGGUCUGUGUAAAAUUGGACAUCACAGGUCUUACUUGCAGUUUAUGCCAAGAAAGCGUAGACUCUGUCGAAGAGCUGUGCGACCACCUGCAACAAGCUCAUGAUAGGACAAUUUUUGACGACAUAACGCAUCAAAUACUACCAUUUAAAUUCAACGAUCGAAUCCUCCAAUGCCACAUAUGUAAUAAUAUAUACAAUAAAUUCAAAAAGCUCAUGGAACAUAUGAACAAUCAUUACAGCAACUAUGUGUGUGACGUGUGCGAAGCUGGUUUCGUCAAUAAAAGAAAACUUCAUUAUCACAAGAUCGGACACAACGACGGAGAUUUCAAGUGUGAUGUGUGCGUAAAACGCUUCCGCACUUUCGGCAGCAAAAGAUAUCACGAACGGCGAUACCAUGACAAGAACAGGCUGUUUAACAAAUGCGGAUACUGCAAUGCGCUGUUCAAGGGCAUGAGGGAAAAGGAUCUUCAUCUGGCUAAAGAGCACGGAGUGGCGUCAUUUGCGAGAAAAUGUCAAGCCUGUGAUAAAAUUUUCUCUCAUCAGAACGCUUUGCACACGCACAUGAGACGAUAUCACUUGGUGGAAAGGAUGCACAAAUGCCCAGAAUGUGACAAAACAUUCUUCUCUACAUCCGACGUCAAGAUGCACAUGGUGAAACAUACGGGCGAGCGUGAAUACAAGUGUGAAAUAUGCCUUAAAUCUUAUGCGAGGAAGUGGACUCUGAGCGAGCAUAUGCGCAUUCACUCGGACGAUAGGCGGUUCAAGUGCGAGCAUUGUGGACAAUCGUUCAUACAGAAAUGUAGCUGGAGAGCUCAUAUGAGGUCUCAACAUGGCGAACAAGUUUAGAUAGUGUGAAAAUAUUGUGAAUACUCAAUAAAAGUUAAGUUAUUAUUAAAAGUCUUAUUAUUUCAGUUAGAACAGACAAUUUAAAAUGAAUUUAGUGAGAAUAGAAUAUAUUUAGGACCUAUGGCAGUAAAAAUGCUGUCAAUUCUUUUGCUCUGAUAGAACUAUAAGCAAAUAGGAUGUUUUUUUUCAGGUUUGUUCAAAACGUUGCUACCUCGCCAGUGAAAC